CGCUCGCCUGCCUGCCUGCCUGCGUGUCAUCAACCACAUCGUCUCGACGUCGCGAUGCCAUCCGUCGACUCGAGGGGUAGGUCGCCCUUGUCUCCGGCUCCAGUGGCAAAGAGGAAGAGAUCCUCUCGCUCGCCGUCAUCUUCUCGCUCCUCGUCCUCUUCUCGCUCCCCGCCUCCCCCUCGUCGUCGCAGGGCAUCGCGCUCACCGCCACGCAACAAUGAUCCCCAGAAACUCGCAUCCGACUCGGCGCGCACCGCCGAAACAGGCGCAGCGUUGCGCAGCACCCUCUCCACCCUCUCCACCACCCGCGCAGGAGGAGCAUACAUUCCCCCAGCACGCCUUAAAGCGCUCAUGGCCGAAGCAGCUUCCGCCGAUCCAGGCUCCAAAGAGUACCAGCGCAUGAGCUGGGAUGCCCUCAAGAAAUCCAUCACAGGCCUCGUCAACAAGGUCGCCCCGGACAAUAUAAAGCACAUCGUCCCCGAGCUCUUCGGCGGGGCCAACCUGAUUCGCGGCCGUGGCCUCUUCUGUCGAGCCAUCAUGCGGGCUCAAUCCCUCUCUCUGCCCUUUACGCCCACGUUUGCCUGUCUAGUCGCCAUCGUCAACACCAAGCUUCCCCAGCUGGGCGAGCUACUCGUCGUCCGGCUCGUAUCCCAAUUCCGUCGCUCCUGGCGUAGGAACGACAAGGCGACGUGCGCGUCCACGCUCACAUUCAUCGCGCACUUGGUCAAUCAACGCGUGGCGCAUGAGAUCCUCGCACUGGAGCUCCUCGUCCUCCUCCUUGAGCGACCCACGGACGACUCGGUCGAGCUCUCCGUCGCCUUGAUGCGGGAGGUGGGUUCUUUCCUCGCCUCGGAAUCGCCGCGCGCCACAAGCAGCAUCCACGAUCGAUUUCGCGCUGUUCUGUACGAGGGUGGAGUGGGAAAGCGAGUCCAGUAUAUGAUCGAGGUGCUGGCUCAGGUGAGACGCGAGGGGUACAAGGACAAUCCGGCAAUUCCCGAGGGGCUGGAUUUAGUAGAGGAGGAGGAUCAGAUUACGCACAAGGUCGGGUUGGACGAUGAGUUGGAUGUGGAGGAGGGCUUGAACAUGUUCAAGGUGGAUGCGCAGUUCGUCGAGCAUGAAGAGCAGUAUCGCGCCAUCAAGGCAGAGAUUCUCGGCGAGGGGAGUGGGAGUAGCAGCGGCAGCGGCAGCGACGACGAUAGCGACGACGAGAGCGGGAGCGAUAGCGACGAGAGCGAUGCGGGUGACGCGCAAGAAUCGCUCGCGAUCCAAGAUCGCACCGAGACGAAUCUGGUCAACCUACGCCGCACCAUCUACCUCACCAUCAUGUCCUCCGCCCUCUUCGAAGAAGCGACACACAAGCUCCUCAAGCUCUCCCUCCCUCCCGGCCAAGAAAUCGAGCUCUGCAACAUGCUCAUCGAGUGCUGUUCGCAGGAACGCACCUUCUCCUCCUUCUACGGGCAUAUAGCCGAGCGCAUGUGCAAGCUGCGUGGGCCAUGGAGCGGUCUAUUCGAGACGUGCUUCACGAGCUACUACGAAGGGAUCCAUCGCUACGAGACGAACAGGUUGCGCAAUAUUGCUCGCCUCUUCGGUACGCUCCUUGGUACCGACUCGAUCAGUUGGGCGUGCUUCGGGGCGGUACACAUGAACGAGGACGAUACGACUAGCUCGUCGCGCAUCUUUGUCAAGAUCCUCUUCCAGGAGAUGCAGGAGAUCCUAGGCCUCAAAACACUCGUUACUCGCUUCACUCAACCAGACGCGGGCGUUCAGUCGUGGUUCACGAACUUGUUCCCGCGGGACUCGCCGAAAAAUACGCGAUUCAGCGUCAACUUCUUUACGUCCAUUGGACUGGGAGCGCUUACCGAGGGGAUGAGGGAGCAUCUUAAGCAGAUACCGAUCCUGCUCGAGCAGCAGAGAUUGGCAGCUCAGAGGGAGAAGGAGGAGAGGAGGAGGGCGAGGGGUGGGAGGAGUAGCGGGAGUAGCGGGAGUGACGAAAGUGACACUGACAGUGAUGAGUCGAGCGUGCUGAGUAGCUCGUCGUAUUCGCGAUCGCGAUCGCGAUCGCCGCGGAGAAGAGGGAGAAGCUAUACUCGUUCGAGGAGCUACUCGUACAGCGGGAGCGACUCCGACUCGGAUGGAUACAGUAGCGACGACUCUCGACGCUCGCCAGCUCCACGACGCCGCCUACCACCAGCGAGGGAGAGGAGAGACGCUUUCAGCCCCAGUCGCAGUCGCAGUCGCAGUCGCAGUCGCAGUCGCAGUGCGCCACGAAGGGGAGGCGCAGGAAGAGGUCGGGGAGCAUCCUAUGACUCGCGGGACUCUCGUUCGCCACCGUCAAGAGGAGGGAGCAGGAGCAGGAGUAGAAGCAGGAGCUACACGCCACCGCCGCGCAGAGGAAGAGGGGCAGACAGGCGCGACCACUCGCGCUCGCGCUCGCGCUCUCCGUCGUACUCGAGGAGCCCGAGUCCGUCCCGCUCCUCACGAUCGCCACCGCCACCACGUCGAGACCACGUCAGAGAAGCAAGAUACAGGGAGACGGACGGAGAUGCUCCCCGUGGCAGGUCCUUGAGUCGUACUCCGCCUAGCGAGAUGAGUCCCUCACGUAGUCGCUCGCGCAGUCGCUCUCCACCAGCAGCGCUGCGUCGAGGCGGCCUCUCACCUGGCCCACCACCGCCUGGUCCACCACCGAGGGCACCACCACCGAGGGGUAGCGAGAGACCGUUGCCGCCUCAUAUGCAGAUGCAGGACAGGAGGGGUGGAGGUGGGUAUGAGCGGGAGAGGGGGGGAUACGAGAGGGGAGGGUACGACAGGCGACGUUGA